AUGCACCGAUCGCACUCCUUCACAGGCGCGGCGAACCCGCAUAUGCAUCUCCUGCACAGAAUAGAACACCCGCUACUGUCACCCUCGGCCUCGGCCAAUCCCCCGCUAGCCUUCGUCCUCUGCACUGUUUCGCUCUUCCCAAUCGCGUCGCUAAAGGGCCGCCAGUCGCUAUUCGCAUGGCUGCUGAUCGCGUCGUCCCUCACGUGCCUCUUUUUCUUCUCCGGCUUUAAUCGCCUCCACCUGCGCGUCCGCUCCGCCACCUCCACCGCCUCCUCCCGCGCCACCCCCGCGCCGCUGCCUCCGCUCACCCGCGAGGAGUAUUGCGCGUCCCCGCUCGCUGCGCGGGGCGCCUCGCGCGGAGAAGCUCCGGAGUCGGUGCUUCGUGGGUGGUCGGAGGGGAGCAGCGCCGACGGACCUGCGCGGCUCCGGGGAAACUCCCCGAGCGGUGCGCCAUCAAGCAGAGCGAUGGACGCCGUUGGGGGGAUGGAAGAACGGCAACAAGGGAAGGCGUCGAUCUGCUCAAAGUGCAGAACGCUCCAGUCCGUCCUCGAGGCGGCCGUGCAGUCCGCUAUUAGCGCUGCUACCGCCGCCAACGGCGUUUCUGCAGGCGGCGGGGACGGCAUGACCAUCGCCGACGACACGGCGGCGGCGGGCGAGGAGUUCGCGGAGGACGCGGAGUCGGCGUCGCCGGCGCAGCUGCUGGCGCGCGCCGCGCGGCGGUCCGUGAUCGUGGUGUCGUUCAACGAGGCGUGGGCGCCCAUGAUGCGCUUCUUCCUCGCGCGCCUGCGCGCCGUCGAGCGCGCGGAGCGGAGCGCGCGCGACCAGAGGAGGGCGGAGGGGGAGGGAAGGGGAGGAGAGGAGGGGAGGGGCGGAGAUGAUAUCCGGAGGCGCGCAGGGGUUGAAGGGAUGGAGAGGGAAAGCGAGCGAAGGACAGCGGAGAGGUAUCAGACGGGGGGAGACGGAGACGGGGAGGGGGAGGCGGGGGCGGAAGAGGGCGCGUAUAGCUCUGCGCUGGGUGAGCUGGUGGCGCGGCUGGUGGUGGUAGCGUACGACAACGCGAGCUUCGAGGCGUGCUGCGCCAUGGCGCUCAACUGCUACAUGGACUGGCAGGAGGACGCUCCUCACCGCGAGGACCUGGGCGGCGGUGUGGCGCAAGGUGCAGGUCGUGGCGAGCAUGCUGGGCUGGGCUACGACGUGCCCUUCACCUUCUCCGACAUCCUCUGGCUGCGCAACCCACUCCCCCUGCUGUGCCUGCCCUUUACCCAUGCUUCACAUCCCUCGCACACCCCUUAUUCCUCUCCUGCUGCCUUAUCUGGCAGCAUGCUGACCCUCGGGUACGACGUGCUCUUCACCGACUCCGACAUCCUCUGGCUGCGCAACCCGCUGCCGCUGCUCUGGCGCCGCCCGCACGACCUGCAGAUGUCCGCCGACUGGUGGUCGCCCAACCCGCGCUCCGUGGUGGCCAAUGGGGGGUUCUACGCGGCCCGGGCCAACAGCCGCACGCUCCGGUUCUUCAGUGACUGGCUCGCGUGGCACAGAAGGUGUCCUCAGUUCCGCAUACAGCAGGUGUUCAACUGGAUCCGUCCUGAGGCCAACCCCUUCACGCGCGUGGCCUCGCCCCUGCUGCUGCACUACCUGCCCACCAACCAGUUCGGGGGCUUCUGUGAGAUGGGCCACGCGCUCUCUACGCUGCUCACCGUGCACGCCAACUGCUGCCCGGGGCUGGGGAAUAAGUUGCCUGUGCUGAACCACCUCGCGGCUGACUGGGACUUUUUUUCGGCGCUGCCCGUGGCUGCCCGGGAGCGGAUGGAGGAGCGGGGGUUUGAGUGGAAGGGGCGAAACUGCUCAACCAACUGGAACAAGCUGCCCCGCGACACCCCCGUGGAAUCUGCAUAG